UUGGGAAUGUUCUGCUGGUUAAAGGCUUGUCUGCUAACCUUCUCUCUGUGCGACGACUGCAGAAGAGCAAGGCCGAAGUGACCUUUGGACCAACCAGCUGCCGUGCUAAGCUUGGGAAGAAGGUGCUAUGGAGUCUGGAAGAGGAGACCAGUUGCAUCAAGGACCUGUGGCAGCUGCCCAUCAUCCCAUGGAAUGGGAAGACUCCAACAGCAGCAACGGCAGCAGCGGCAAAGGCAACAGCAGGAGGAGAUGCAACUGCACCAACUGAUGGGGUCCUGGAAGCAGUCAAGAAAGUGCAGCAGCAGCAGAGACAUGGUGAGGUGCUUGCUGGUGUGGAUGCGAGUGCGGCAUGGGCUAAGGCUUCAUCAAAGAGUGGAGAGGCCGAUUGGGAGACAUGGCAUGAGAGGCUGUGUCAUGUGAACUUCCCUAUGCUACAGAAGUUGGUAAAGGAUGGGAGCCUGAAAGGCUUGGAGGUGAAAGGGGGAGUGAAGGAGAUUGGGAGCUGCCCUACAUGCUUGGAGACCAAGUUCUCCAAGGGGAAGUUGGAGGCUUCUGGAAGAUGGGGUGUGCACUUGGGGAUUGCAAAGGAUCACAAGGGGUGGCUGCUAUGGGACCUGACCACCCAGAAGUUGACAGUGUCAAGGGAUGUGAAGUUUCUUGAGUCCCUGUACUACAAGGAAUGGAAGCAGCAGCAACAGAAGCUUCCAUCUACACCGCUCAUUGUGGAGGCAGAUGAGGUGCAGCAGCCUUCAAGACAGGUGGAGGUUGCAGUGUCAGAGGAGGAGAUGUCUGGGCCCAAGACUCGAGAGGAGGCUUUGAAUGGACCAAAUGGGGAGAAGUGGAAGGCGAGUGAGGAUGAGGAGUUCGGGUCCCUGAUUGAAAACGAGACAUGGGACCUGUGUGACUUGCCUCCUGGAAAGAAGGCAAUCACUUCCAAGAUGAUCUACAGGCACAAGUAUGGACCUGAAGGGGAGCUGACCCGCUACAAGUCUAGGCUUGUGGCACGGGGGUUUCAGCAGACAAAGGGGAAGGACUAUGAUGAGGUGUUUGCUCCUGUGGGGAAAGGAACAACACUGAGGGUGCUGUUAGCGAUAGCUGCACUCCUGGGAUGGAAGAUACGGCAGAUGGACAUUGUGACAAUGAGUCCGCUGUGAAGCUCGCCAAGAAUGCUUGUCUGCA